GUAUUGGUGGAGGAUAUGCGUGGUUCUUCUGCAUUUAGGGAAAUAGGUUAUGCACAAUUACCAUUAAGAGGUGUAGUAGGGUACCCAUCGUUACAAGUAGAGUUAGGGGCCCCCCGUUGGGUAUGUUUACAAGCAAAGAUGGAGGGAUGGGGCCCCCAAUUACGUGAUUGGCGUUUUGGUAGUAUAGAGGGUGUAGUAAUGGUAGCACAUACACCGCGUUAUAGACAAUUAGGAGAAGUAUAUGAUUUAGAGGGUAAUAGGGCAUAUUUAAUAUUAAAAAUAAUAGGAAUAGAUCAGAUAGUUACUGCAGAUAAUAGGAGUAGUGUAGAUACAUAUGUAGAGGUUUCCUUUGAUGGUACAGCAAGAAGAACAAGAACUAUACGUAACUCCCUAAACCCUAAUUGGGAAGAAGAAAUCGCUGUUCCUCUUAGAUUCUCUUCUCUUAAGGAUAUUGCAUUCAAUGAUAUACAAAAAAAAGGAAAAAUAUACCUAGAUGUAUGGGGAACAGGGGAUAAUUAUGUUGACCAUCUAGGCGAAUGUGCAUUAUACCUACAAGAAAUAUUCUUUAAUGAAAAAAAUCAAAAAAAAACACAAGUCCAAAAAGAAAGAAUUAUACUGGAAACAAACACGAAAGCAAAGUACGAGACAAGAGUAUUUAGUGGUACAAAAAGACUUUCUUUUAUUCAUAAAGAUGAUAGACCCUCCAAUCUUACCUUUGAGGCAUGGACAUGUCCUGAUCUACUUGAUGCAUCUGAUCUAGACAAGCUUCCACAGGCCGAGAGGUUCGACACCAAGAACAACAUGCCAAGGGCUCUUGCAGACAAAUACGACAAUCUAAAGGGUGUCUUUAAUGGCGUAAUAGAGGCAAAGAAAUUAUUAGAUGCAGAGGCACCUGUUGGUCCUCCUCGUUUCUUUUCUUUAGAAAUGUCUGACCAAAGAAGAGAAUCACAAUUCUUACCCACACUUGUUGCCCCAAUAAAGCCCCCAUUAGGUGUCGACUCCCAGGCAGCAGUAUUUCAUUAUACACGAUGUGUCCCCUUUGUAAUAAAGAGACAGUCCCUUACCUUCUCUCCUGAUUUUACUAUGCAACUUAAGGCAGGAGACGCAUUAGAUCAUUGUCUCCUUAUGGCCAGUCUCCUUCUUGGUCUACCAGCGCAUGCAUUUGUUUGUAUCGGUACUCUUCAUGAUAAACAUAUGCAUGCAUGGGUAACAACAUUUCAUUGGGAUGAAGAAAAGGAGACAGGAAAUGUAAAAAUGUGGGAAACAGCAAGUGGUCUUGUUUAUGUACUUAAGGGAAGAUUUCAAGAUCUUGGUGUAGCAGAAUCGUAA